AAAAAUUCAACAAAUUUCCAAAAUCUGGGAAAACCACAACUGCUUGUACUAGUUUUCAUCGAAGCUCUCGAAUUUCAGCUGCUAUGGCACUGAUCUCACGAUUCCUCUUGCUUGUGCUUCUCUUUACAGCACUGGUGGUUUCAUCAGGGUCUGGAGAUGGGUUCACCAUCAAUGGUCGAGUAAAGAUCCCCCAAGGUCUGGGUACAAAAGGGUUUGCUUUGCCCGGAAGAACGUCAAAUAUCAAAGUUAUACUCAAUGGUGGCCAAAACGUUACCUUUCUGAGACCUGACGGAUCCUUUUCAUUUCACAAUGUACCAGCAGGGACUCAUUUGAUUGAAGUGGCUGCAAUUGGCUAUUUCUUUUCUCCAGUUAGAGUUGAUGUUAGUGCUAGAAACCCAGGCAAGGUACAGGCAGCAUUGACAGAGAACAGGAGGGGUCUCAGUGAAUUGGUUUUAGAACCAUUGAGAGAUGAACAAUAUUACGAGAUCAGGGAACCUUUCUCCAUAAUGUCUGUUGUAAAAAGCCCAAUGGGUCUCAUGGUGGGAUUUAUGCUGGUGGUUGUGUUUUUAAUGCCCAAAUUAGUGGAAAACAUGGAUCCUGAAGAAAUGAGGCGAGCACAAGAAGAAAUGAGAAACCAAGGGGUUCCCUCUUUGGCUAAUUUGUUACCAGGAGGUGGCAGGAAUUAAGUAUUGCUUAGGAGCCAUGAACUUCAUGUUUGGCAAAAAAGUGAGGGACGAUUCAAAUAUCAAUCUGGAUUAGUCUUUUAGUCUAAUAUUCCUUGUUUGGCUGAUGAAAGAAUGGAUGAUACCCUUUGACUUCUUGGAGCAUCUCAAAGAUUAUGUAGUUUUACUUUAUAGUUGUCGAACACAUUCUGGGAUUUUACUCUGUGUUAUCAUCUAUUCAAUGUUCUGAUGCUCUGAUGUCAAGAAAAAGUAUUAAUUUUGUUUUAGACAUCAUGGUUUUUGUUUCCUCGAGGAAUAGGCAAUACUCAUUUUUGAAUGAAUGUUCUCUCUAACCCAUUGUUCGUGGCUGCCCAGCAUGUAACUUUAAACCCAAUGAACUGUUUUGUAACUAAAGAUAACAUAAGGGCUGCGUUACAGCAUGCAUCUCGAAACCCACUUUUUAAUU